AUGGGUUGCACUUCCAAUUCCACAUCGAGUGAUUGUCACAAAGAAUGUGACUUUGAACGCGGCGGUGAAGGCAUCACACUGCGAAAGGCUGGUAAAAUUAGUGCACGCAACGGUAAAACUCGUUACGAAGUGACAAUACGCCUGGGCGCCAACUUAACUGCCUUUUACCGUAACAUGGAUCCCGAGAGGCGCCCAAGCGAUCAUCUACCGAGUUUACUGGAAAGACAUCUCAUGCGUGUUUUACGCAAUUUCAACAUCACAAAAAUCAGCGAUUUAGAAUUAAUCUCGAACAGCACCGAUCGCUUAGACAUCACAUUUCAUUUCUUCGGCGUGAAGGGCGAUUCGAAUCGCAUACGUGAGGCCAUCACGCGUAUGGUGGAGCGCGGUCGUAUUGGGAAUAUUACACUAGUUUCCAAUUACCAUUUGUUUGACGAGAACCCACCGCUGAAUUUAUUGGAACUGACAAUUAAUCAAAAAUCAGCGAUUCGUGAAGACAGUGAAUUUAUAAUUUCAUGCACCGCCCAAGGAUCAUCACGCAUGCAAUUCCAAUGGUACAAGGAUGGAGCGCGUGUUAACACAUCCAAGGCUAUAAGAGAAAUCUGGACCACCGUCUUACCACCGGAAACAAAAGACACUUUCACUGCCAUUUUGGGUAUCACCAAGGCCAGUCGCAUGGACGAAGGCAUCUACACGUGCAAGGUCACCGAUUGGGGCAUCGAGCAGUGCCGCUCACUGCAUGUGCACAUCAAAACACCGCCACGCCUACGUGUCGAUCCCGCCAGCGUGACAUUGCAACGCGGCGAUUCGCUGCGUGUGCGUUGCCUGUCCCCCGGCAACGACGACAUCAAACGCUAUGCACAACUCGGCUACAGCUGGACGCGCAACGGUGUACUCUUUCAGUCGAAUCCCGCCACAGUAAUGUGGGAAGAUCUGUAUCCCGAUGGGAGCAUACUCAAAAUCAAUAAUAUACAGAAAUCCGCCGAGUACACAUGCAUUGUCUCCAACACAGUGCGUCCGGUAUCGAAGAGCGUCUACAUAACAGUUAUCGACCGCAAUGCGGUACGUGUGUGCCACAGCGACACGCUGUACGGUGUCCGUUGGCCGACAAGUGCACCAGGCGCCGCCAUUGUUGCCGACUGUCCGCGCGGUUUUGAGGGCCACUCGCGGCGCAUUUGUGAAAGCCGCGAUACUGGAAAUUCGACAUGGUUGUUACCGGAUUUUGCGCUCUGCGUGCAUGAUCAACUUUUGCUGAUUUACAAUAAGUUUCGUGCACUAAGCGCCGGCUACCAGCAGACGAACUCAUCCGCCAUACUGAAGGCCUGCUUCGCAUACACGGUCAAGCGGCAUAAGCGCUUUCUGCCUGGCGAGGCGGGCUUUCUCAUCGAUAUGCUGCAUGAGGUCGAUACGUAUCUGCAGUUAAAGGGCACACAGCUGGAACGUGAGAUGGCAGCCGAAAUAAUUUUGCACAUUCUCGACAAAGUCAUGCAAAAUACGCAAUCACUUAAUAGCCAACAGCAAAUUAAAAAAUUGCAACUCUUAACACAAUCAGCAGCGUUGAACCGUGAAACAAUUGCAGCAUCUCAAUUAGCAACAUCAACAUCAUCCACGUCAGCAGCAGCAGCUGCAGCAGCAGCAGCAGCGGCGGCGGCAGCAACAGCCGACAAUAGUGCCAUAUCAUCGGCAUCCGCAUCCGGCGCUUCAGCUGCAGCGGCAACAACACAAACAGAAAUCACUUCAGGCGCGGCAACAGCUGCUGGUAAUGCCAUCGGUGGUAGUGGCAAUGCUGUUGGUGGCAGCAGUAUUCUCACGGUCGAUGAGGAUUCACUGUCGUUGGAUCGUCUAAACUCGCUGCGCAUCUAUAUGACUUCGGUGAAAACGUUGCCGUUUAAUUUGAGGAUUUACGGCGAUGAUUUGUUCGCGGAUCAACUGUACAUGGACAUCGGACUCUCCAAUCGGCUGCUCCACAUAAUGGCCAACUCAACAAUAUUCGCAUCGGUUAUAUCGUAUAAAAAUUUAAAAAGUUUUCUACCAAAAACUUACUACACACGCGGCAGCGAUCCCAAAGAGUCCGACUACAUUCUGGCCUCACGCAUUCUACAAACAUGGCUCUUCCAAUCGAACCGCUCCAACGAUAAUUUACGUGAACCACUCGAUUUACCAUUCGAGGCCGGUCAUGUGGAGAUCAUAUUUCAACAUGAGGUAGCACCAAAGGAGGGCGAUUGGGUGGCCGUGUGUGGUCAUGACUACAAAGCUUCCUUUGAGUCAACUUGGCGCUCGGAUUUAUGCAUCACCAAGCAUCUGAUGGCGAAUAUAACGCGCUGUAUAUGUCCAUUGUCCGGCACAUACGUAGUCAUGCUUACGAAACGUAACAACAAUUCGCAACCCGUUUCACCCACACAACGCCCACUCUUCGUGAUAAUCAGCUGCGCUUGUGGUUUACUGCAGUCCUGUUCGGUUUUUCUCAUACUUCUACCGAUUUGGUUUAACCGCAAAUGUGCAAUAACUUUUUUGAAAAUGCAAUUUUGUGUCUCCACAUCAAGUAUAAUGAUCAUUUUUCUGCUGGGGUUCCUGAAAAUGUUGCCAGAGAAUUGGCAGGCAGUUGUCAACUCAUCGCUCGCCUCACUGCUGCUGCUCGGCGUCUCGACUACGAUUGCGAUUGCGUUGGUUGUUAACUCCGAACUGGUGCCAAAAAAAAUGUUGCAUAUCAAUAAAAUGUCAACGGCCACAGCCGCAAGUGCACGCCAAACUCAGCAUAAACAACAACACGACUUGAAUAUGCGGCAUAACUCCACAAGUGGCAAUGACAAUGGCAGUGGCGCGCCUAUGGCAGCCGCCGCGCCCGCAACCACCAUCGACGCACACAGCCUGAGCGCCACCACAAACAUUACGCAAAUCAGCAGCAACAGCAACAACAGCAGUGUGGGCAUCAAUGUCAGCGCCAGCUUCGCCCUUGGUGGCAGCAAUGACAAUAGCAUUGCUAGCGACAGCAGUGCCACCGCCAGCGGUCGACGCGCGGGCAGUGUUUCAGGCGCGUCAGCUGCACGCUCCGUGGCGCUGGUACAAGAGCUCUAUUUUCCGGUGAGCGUACGCGCCGUCAUCGGCAUUAGUUGGCUGCCGCCAUUGCUCUAUGCCAUCGCUGUGCCGCUGAUAUGCAGCAUUAUUGGCAAAUGGCCACGCAAUUGGUGGCUCCAAGUGAUGAGCAAUACAACUUCGGGCGCGCCAACAACAGCAACAAGCGCAGCAAUGUCCGACGCUAUGUUUGGUAUGCCACAUGGUUUGUCGCAUAUGUACGGUGGCGGAUAUAGUGGCGGAAGUGAUUACUUAGUGGCGCAUAUGGCACCCACACAAUCACCGGCUACAUCGUUAAGUCUGAAGAUUGAACCGAGUCACAUCAGCAACCAAAGCAAUGAUGGGUACAGCGUGUUGGCGAGCACAACAAGCGACAGCAUCUUGGAGCUGGCAUCAAUCACAGCUGCUGAAAUUACAACCGCUACCACCGGAAUAUUAACAACUGCUAGCGCUGUUACUGCCACUAGCACGUAUGGCGCCCACAACAACAACAAUGCCACCACUGCUGCGUCUUCCGUGAGCGCCUCCGUGUCGACUGCUUCCACUUCGACGACCUUCUCCGUUGCCGGCUGGCAUAACAACUUCCAACCGGCAGCUAUCUCCGCUUCCGCCACCGCUGCUGCCUAUCACGGUGACUUCGCGGCUUACACCGACUCAGAUGCCACGGAGCUGGAGUCACAGCUCACGGGCGAUGGCAGUGGCGUGCCAGCGCUCAGUUUCAUCAUAUUUAUUUGCGUUGAUUUACUUUUCGUUUUGCUCUUUUUUGCGCUCUUCGUCAUUUUAAUCAAGAAACUUUUAUGGCUGUGGCAUAAAAAUCGAAAUAUUCAUGCGCAUCCGCAGGAUAAGUUCAAUGUGGCCAUGCGUAGACGCAUUGGCCUAAUUUACCGCACCGGUUGUUUGCUGUUAAUGAAAUUAUCAACGGAUGCAUUAUUCAUAGCAUAUGUAAAUUCAACACAAAAUUCAUGGUGGUCCUAUCCGUUUGGCAUAUCUUGCAUAUUGUUGGGUUUCUUAAUACUUUAUUGCUUUGUUAUAAAAGCGGAGAGCAGUUUGCGAGCGCCGCCAAGCAGCAACAACAGCAACAGUGGUACGUUGAAGAAGAAGCUUAGUUCGAGUAAGACAAGUUUGGAUGACAACUAUUGUACGGGAACCAUAAAUAGUCCGCUCAGUUUCUACGCCAGCCAUGAAAAGCAGAAAGAAAACGAAAGCGGCGCGCCCCCACCACCACCGCAACAGCUUGAAAUCUCCAGUGGCGUGCAACUGCCACUCACAAUUAUACCCACCGCGCAACAGCGUUGCCCACUGCUGCCCACAGCGUCCGCAUCUACAGUGGGCAGCAGCGUCAAAACGUUCCUGAAUGCAGCCAGUCUGGAGCGCAAGCUGCCACCACAUGUCAGCUGUCUGCAAGAGACGGCCGCCGCGGCAAUGACCUCGCCGGCAACGAGAUGCUGCAACAUACUAGGCAGCGUCGGUGGCGGCGGCAGUGGCAGCAAUGCGAUUGGCACCGUAACAUCGACCGGCGUGGUGGGCGGUGGCGUUGUGGUAACCACCGGUGGCAUGGGCUAUUAUGAUGCCUACGGUGCGGGCAUACAACUCGGCGGCAUGACGGGCAGUUUGAACAGGCGACAACUGCACGGUGCAGCAGCGACGACGGAGUUUGUGGGUCUGGAAACAUUGGAUAUACUGCAGGGCGUGGCGCCACCAGACACCAUCAUUGGCAUUUGUGGCAGCGCGCUCCCCGCAGGCAUGUCAUAUCAUCAACUGCAGCACCACAGCUUGCCGCGUCACCACACCACAACACUGCAGCAACAUCUCACAGCAAACGCAACAGGCCAGCAAAAUGUUGCGCAACAUCACCAAACCUACAAGGACGCCAUAAUGUUGCCACCACCACCAACAAUCGUAUCGAUAAGCAGCGGUCUGCCGCUACCCACCACCAUGGAUUAUGCGAAAAGCAGCGUUGAAGCGGCAACAACGCCACAAGCGCCGCCGACAACACUCACCAGCAUUAUUAGUACAACAACGGCGACAACGCAAACACCAAAAGCGCAAAAGCGCGUCACCAUCAUGGAACCCACCACGCACACCUUCGAUCCACUACUGCCCACAAUGGUGGCCGUUUCCGGUGUGGCGACGCCUGCGGCACAUCAUCGCCUAGUAACCGCAACACCAACGCCCAUCAUAACGAUUAGCAGCAACACAGCGGCGGCGGCGACGGCGGCGACGGCAAGCGAUUGCCUCGCCAACAACCUUAAUGCGAGCGAUGCGACGCAGAGCGUCGCAGCAACAGCGGCAGAAAGCAACUCGUCGCCCGAAGAUGAGAACUCGAUGACCGGCAUGUUGGAUCGCAUCACACACGAUUUGGAUUAUCUGCUAAAUCGCACGAAUGAUGUGCCAACAGAGUCUACCUUAGGUGAUGCCGAAGUGUUGGCGGUAGGCGUGGCAGUCACGGCAGUGGCGACGAGCGCUUCCACACCAGCGGCUUCCACCAUAACCAUGAGCCAGGAUACUGUGGAGCAGUUGUAG